AUUGCAAAAACAGACAAAAAUGACCAUAUUUUUCAAGAGGAAAAUGAGAUCAGAAGAACUUUAGAGUAAUCCGGUUAAACUUUGAAGGCAAUGACUAGACUACAAAAAUAUUUUGUAGUAAAAAGAAAUGGAAGAAACGACCAAAACAGUUGAGUGCUAAAACUUUGCUAACCAGAAGUAGACAGAAAAUAUUCAUAAACAAACGCAGAAAUAAAGGGUUGACGGGACCCCACGGGUGUUGAAGUGGAGAGAGAUAAGAUAGCUAGCCAUAAAUGCAUAGCUCAACUAACUUAGUAACUAGUUCACAAAUUUAGGUGUGUGAAUGUAUUGGCACACAAAUUUAUGGCUCCAACGAAAAUGCAGACCUCACAGUAAUCACUAAUCGAUGACUAAGUUAUCCUGAUAGCUCUAUAGUCUUACAAUGUGGGGCUCGGCGGAGAAUGUGUCGGUGCGGUCGGCGUCAUUUAGGGAGGAUGGUGACGAUGAGGAGGCGCUACGGUGGGCUGCUUUGGAGAGGCUACCAACAUACAACCGUGUAAGGAGAGGGAUCUUCAGGAACAUUGUUGGGGAAUCAUGGGAGGUCGAUGUCCAUAACCUCCAAAAUGAUGAACGCAAAGUUGUCUUGGAUCGUCUGGUCAAGUCCGUUGAUGAUGAUUGGGACAAGUUCUUUAAUCGCAUGAAGCUUCGUUUCCAGAGAGUUGAUUUGGAGUUCCCAAAAAUAGAAGUAAGAUUUCAGCAUUUGACAGUUGAAGCUUAUGUGCAUCUUGGCAGUCGAGCACUGCCAACUAUUUCAAAUUUUGUCUUCAACAUGACUGAGGCUUUCUUAAGGCAGUUAAAAAUAUAUUCUGGCAACAGAACAAGGCUGACAAUUUUAGAUGACAUUAGUGGGAUAAUCCGACCUUCCAGAUUAACGCUCUUAUUGGGUCCUCCAAGCUCUGGAAAAACCACAUUGUUAUUGGCACUUGCUGGACGCCUCAAAUCUGACUUGCAGAUGUCAGGGAAUAUUACUUACAAUGGACAUGGUUUGAAGGAGUUUGUUCCCCAAAGGACAUCAGCUUAUGUCAGUCAACAAGAUUGGCAUAUAGCAGAGAUGACUGUCAGGGAGACGCUGGGCUUCUCAGCACGUUGCCAGGGUGUUGGAUCAAAAUAUGAUAUGCUUUUGGAACUUUCAAGAAGAGAAAAGAUGGCAGGAAUAAAACCUGAUGAAGAUCUUGACCUAUUCAUGAAGGCAUUAGCUUUGGAGGGGAACGAUGCUGGACUUGUUGUUGAGUACAUACUGAAGAUUCUAGGUUUAGACAAUUGUGCGGACACCUUGGUGGGGGAUGAAAUGCUCAAGGGGAUCUCGGGAGGCCAGAAAAAACGGCUCACCACAGGUGAAUUAUUGGUGGGUCCAUCAAGAGUGCUCUUCAUGGAUGAAAUCUCAACAGGACUUGAUAGUUCCACGACAUACCAAAUUAUUAAAUAUCUUAGACAUUCAACGCAUGCACUCGAUGGAACUACUGUUAUUUCUCUUCUUCAGCCUGCUCCAGAGACGUACGAGUUAUUUGAUGAUAUUAUACUUUUGUCUGAAGGCCAGAUUGUGUACCAGGGACCUCGCGAAGAUGUCCUUGAUUUUUUUGAAUUUAUGGGAUUUCAUUGUCCGGGGAGGAAGAAUGUCGCAGAUUUCCUUCAAGAAGUUGUCUCUAUAAAGGACCAAGAACAGUACUGGGCUGUUUCUCGUCGCCCUUACCAUUACAUACCAGUUACAAAGUUUGCUGAAGCUUUUCGAUCAUACCACACCGGGCAGAAUUUAUCUGAAGAGCUAAAUAUUCCUUUCGAUAAACGCUACAAUCAUCCUGCAGCCUUGUCAACUUCUAAAUAUGGAGCGAAGAGAACAGAACUUCUUAAAACCGGCUUUGACUGGCAGCUGUUGCUCAUGAAAAGGAAUUCAUUUAUCUACAUUUUCAAAUUUCUUCAGCUCUUCUUGGUUUCUUUGAUCACCAUGAGUGUUUUCUUCCGCACAACUCUGCAUCACAAUACAAUUGAUGAUGGAGGCCUAUAUCUUGGACAACUGUAUUUUUCCAUGGUUAUUAUUCUUUUCAAUGGUUUCACGGAGGUCUCAAUGCUUAUUGUCAAGCUUCCAGUCAUUUACAAGCAUAGAGACUUGCAUUUCUAUCCAUGCUGGGUCUAUACACUCCCUUCUUGGGUAUUGAGCAUUCCAACUUCCUUAAUAGAAUCUGGUUUAUGGGUAGCAGUGACAUAUUAUGUUGUUGGAUUUGAUCCAAGUGUUGCACGAUUCCUUAAACAAAUUUUACUAUUCUUUUUUCUGCAUCAAAUGUCUCUUGCUCUUUUUCGUCUAAUGGGAGCCUUGGGCCGAAAUAUGAUUGUUGCAAACACUUUUGGAUCUUUUGCCAUGUUGAUUGUCAUGGCUCUUGGGGGAUAUAUUAUUUCAAGAGAUAGAAUACCAAGAUGGUGGAUCUGGGGUUUUUGGAUUUCUCCCCUGAUGUAUGCUCAAGAUGCAGCUUCGGUGAAUGAAUUUCUUGGCCACGCAUGGGACAAGAGAGCAAGCAAGAACUCUGAUUUGCGACUAGGUGAAGCUUUAUUGAAGUCACGCAGUUUAUUCCCCCAGAGCUAUUGGUACUGGAUUGGUGUCUGUGCUUUGCUUGGAUAUACGAUUCUAUUCAACAUGUUAUUCACAUUCUUCCUGGCCUACCUUGACCCUCUUGUAAAGCAUCAAGCUGUGGUUUCUAAGGAGGAGCUUCAAGAUAGAGGCAGGACUAAGAAAGAAGAACCGGCUGUCAUUCAGCUAAGAGAGUAUUUGAAGCAUUCUGGCUCACUUAGACAAAGUUUCAAGAACAGAGGCCUCGUUCUACCUUUUCAGCCACUUUCCAUGACUUUUAAGGAUAUCAAUUAUUAUGUCGAUGUUCCACUGGAACUGAAGCAACAAGGCAUGGCAGAAGACCGGCUGCAGUUGUUGGUCAAUAUUACUGGAGCAUUUAGGCCUGGGGUGCUCACUGCACUGGUGGGAGUUAGUGGUGCUGGAAAAACCACCCUCAUGGAUGUAUUAGCCGGUAGAAAAACUGGUGGUACUAUAGAAGGGAGCAUCCACAUAUCGGGUUACCCAAAAAAGCAAGAAACCUUUGCUAGAAUAUCUGGUUACUGUGAGCAGAAUGAUAUCCACUCCCCUUGCUUGACCAUUCUUGAAUCACUAUUAUUCUCUGCUUGGCUACGUUUGCCACCAGAGGUUGACCUAGAGACACAAAAGGCAUUUGUUGAGGAGGUAAUGGAGCUUGUGGAGCUGAGUCCACUAAGAGGAGCUUUGGUUGGUUUGCCUGGAGUUGAUGGACUGUCAACAGAGCAAAGGAAACGGCUAACAAUUGCUGUUGAACUAGUAGCCAACCCUUCUAUAGUGUUCAUGGAUGAGCCUACAUCUGGAUUGGAUGCAAGAGCUGCAGCCAUUGUAAUGAGGACUGUACGGAACAUUGUGAACACCGGCCGAACAAUUGUUUGUACAAUCCAUCAGCCCAGCAUUGACAUUUUUGAAUCAUUUGAUGAGCUUUUGUUUAUGAAGCGCGGAGGAGAGCUCAUUUAUGCAGGACCUCUUGGUCCUAAAUCAUGCAAGUUAAUUGAGUAUUUUGAGGCAAUAGAAGGGGUACCCAAAAUAAGACCUGGAUAUAACCCUGCCACGUGGAUGUUGGAGGUGACUUUGUCAGUAGAGGAAAAUAGACUUGGUGUUGAUUUUGCAGAAAUUUACCAAAGAUCAAAUCUUUUUCAAUAUAAUCAAGUCUUGGUUAAAAGGCUAAGCAGGUCAUCUGGGGAUUCAAAAGAUUUGAAUUUCCCUGCUAAGUACUGUCAGUCCUACUUCAAUCAGUUCCUGGCUUGCCUUUGGAAGCAAAAUCUCUCGUAUUGGCGCAACCCACAAUAUACUGCUGUUCGCUUCUUCUACACGCUCAUCAUAUCUUUGAUGCUGGGGACAAUUUGUUGGAGAUUCGGUUCAAAAAGGGACUCGCAGCAGGAUUUAUUCAAUGCUAUGGGAUCCAUGUAUAUUGCAGUGUUGUUCAUUGGAAUUACAAAUGGCACUGCUGUCCAACCAGUUGUUUCUGUCGAAAGAUUUGUUUCGUACCGAGAGAGAGCUGCAGGGAUGUACUCAGCUUUACCAUUUGCAUUCGCUCAGGUUGCUAUUGAGCUCCCUUACGUGUUUUCACAGGCACUAAUAUACAGCACUAUAUUCUAUUCAAUGGCAGCUUUUGAGUGGAUUGCUUCUAAAAUUUUAUGGUACAUAUUGUUUAUGUACUUCACUAUGUUGUACUUCACCUUUUAUGGGAUGAUGACAACUGCAGUCACGCCCAACCACAAUGUGGCUGCCAUUAUUGCUGCUCCUUUUUACAUGCUCUGGAACCUUUUCAGUGGUUUCAUGAUACCUCACAAGAGGAUCCCGAUAUGGUGGAGAUGGUACUACUGGGCAAAUCCUGUAGCUUGGACUUUAUAUGGCCUUGUCGCAUCCCAGUAUGCUGACGAUGAUAGACUUGUGAAACUAUCAGAUGGCAUUCAGUCACUCCCAAUAAACCUUUUGGUCAAGAAUGUGUUUGGAUAUAGGCAUGAUUUCAUUGGGGUUGCUGGUUUUAUGGUAGUUAGCUUUAGCGUGCUGUUCACAGUGAUUUUUGCGUAUGCAAUAAAAUAUUUCAACUUCCAAAAGAGGUAACUCACACUGCUGCAACUUCACUGCAUUUUUUGGAGGUUCAUGAGCCCGAUAGGCAAUUGAGCCACAUGAAGUGAAUGCGGACACUUGGAAUGAGUUUUAUAUGUGGAAUGAAGAUGAUACCAGGCAAAUUAACAGUCUAUAAUGGACAAGGUGAUUUGGCGAAUAAUGUUCCUCGGAGUAUUCUUUUAUACAUACGGUAGGCAAGAUAUAAUCAACUGCAUCCUCAGUAAAAAGUUUGAGUUUCUCCUCCCUUUGUCAUUCCAUUUUGGAAGAAUUAAGUUGUAUAGAAUAUGAUCUCUAGUGAGCAAAUUGUCGCUAAACUUGAUGGAGUGUUCAAGUUUAUUAAAUUGACCUAAAUUUCACGAAAGGUUUUAGGCA